UACAUUAACAUUAGUAACAUUUUAACUCCGGCGUUUUCUGUUUACAGCGACAUAUCCUACAUAGCUGUAGUCAAAAUUGGAAUGAAAAAUGCUGUUAUUAUCGUUAAAGACUAAGGUGGCGGCGCGCCGUCUGUGUCCUCAUUCAUAGACACCGCCUCAGUAGUGCUGGGCAAAGUCCACAUUUCGGGUUUAAAUUUUAAGUUCGCCUGGUUAAACAGUUGAACAGAGCUAGGAUUAUUGCUUAUCCACAAGUCUUGUAUGCACGAGAAAAAAUAAGUCAAUUUUUUGUUAUCGUUAAAAUUACUGCAUAUCCAAUUAAUCUCCGUGUUUCCUAUUGGCACGUGUCCACAUUCACCAAUGAAAGGGGGGUGGACUGAAGGUUUAUCUUAUUCUAUUUUAUGGGCGUUUAGAAACAGCGUAGAGAUAAGUCACUGCUAGGAUUAAUGAUUUAUGAUUAUUCAAUAAUUAACAAGCUGCUGUGGCAUGUCUAAGAGUGGUGAAAAAGACUCAUUCAGUGGUAUUAUUGGGAACACGUGCUCUUUUACAUUUUACAUUUCCUGGUGAGUCGCUUAAUUGAAGCCAGGCUCCUGUGGCCAUGAAUGAAGAGUUGUCCCCUUUGGAUUGCCUGCUGCCUUCAGGCAAACAGAGGAUUGGUCUGAUUAUCCUAAACCAGCCUGUGGAUAAGGACUACCUUCACGUGCUGUGGAGUAAAGCUCUUUUGACGGCGUGUGCUGAUGGCGCUGCCAAUCACCUCUAUAGCGUCACUGCUGGAGAAAAUGACAGCUUUCUCCCCGACUAUAUCAGUGGGGAUUUUGAUUCCAUUACUGCAGAAGUGCGGGAUUUCUUUGCAGACAAGGGGUGCCGGCUGAUAGAAACGAGUGACCAGGAUCUUACAGACUACACCAAGUGUCUUGUCAUCAUGGUGGAGGAGAUCAAAAGACGGAAGUUGCAGGUGGAUGCUAUCGUGACACUGGGCGGGCUGGGGGGCAGAUUUGACCAGGUGAUGGCCACGGUUGAGACCCUCCAUCAUGCUCUGACCAUGACACAGCUCCCACUGUUGGUCAUCCAGGAGACAAGCCUGGCCUAUCUACUGAGACCUGGCAGCCACACACUGGGGGUAAACACAGGCCUGGAGGGGGACUGGUGCGGUCUUAUUCCAGUGGGGGGACCUUGCCUAACAACCACCAGUGGACUCAAAUGGAACCUAAAUAACCAGGCGCUUCAGUUUGGGAAGCUGGUGAGCACCUCCAACACCUACGAGCCCGUGUCCCCCGGAGCGCCCAGGAAGUGUGUGACAGUGGACACGGACCAGCCUUUGCUGUGGAGCAUGGGCAUCCACAAGGAGGGGGCAAUGCUGACAGAAAACAACACCUUGGCGGCUUCAAGUUGUACAGCUUUUGCAGUGUAAGACUGGUGGACUGAUGAUAUUGGGAUCAAUGCAAGGAAGAUAUUUUUGUAGGGUGCAUACAUAAAAAGGUAAACUAUUAGAAAGCCCUUUGUAUUUUACAGCAAUCAAAUAUUUUUAUACAGGAAGACUAAAUUAUGCAUUCUACAACAAAAUAGAAGUGGAAUUAAAGAGCAAAAAUGGGUUCCCAUUGUGUUGUUUUAUUAUUUACACAGUAUAAUAGAAAUGUCGACUACAGAACGUAAUAAAAAUGUCACCCCGCUGUCUUCUGGACGCUCAUCUCCUUGCCUGGUUGGAAUUUAACCACCACUGCAAAACAAAAAAAGCUUUUUAGGUCCAUGGAAAACAUCGCAUUACUACAAUUGCAUCCAUAUUUGCACCACAAAAGCAGUAAUAAUGCAAAAUAAGGAUAUGCAAGGUGUGAAACAAAUGAGGCUAAAUGACGGUUUGAAUGCAUGGCAGCAACUUACACAAUGAUGUUGUUGAUGGGGAUGUGGAUCAGUUUCACGAAGAAGCCGAUGAAUCCCAUGAUGGCGAAUCCAAUAGCCGUAGCCAUUGCGAUUUUCUGGAAUUCUAGAAAACGGUGAGCAGACAUUCAUUAAAACCUCUGAAACCUGACGGAAAUUAAUCAUCAUAAACAACACUGCGAGUAUG